AUGCAGUGGACCUUUCUCGGAUACAAUGGAUACGGAAAACAGAAAAAAAUUAGCUGGCGUGCUAAGCAUUUUGUUCUGGUUCAUGGGCUGGGCCAUGGAGCGUGGUUCUGGUACAAGCUCAAACCGCUAGUGGAAUCCGCCGGUCACAGGGUCACAACGGUAGAGCUGGCAGCAUCUGGCAUCAACAUGGAGGCAAUCCAAGAUGUUGGUACAUUUCAUAAAUACACGAAACCAUUGUUAGAAUUACUGGCCUCUAAUCCUCCCAUAGAAAAAGUCAUUGUUGGGGUUCAAAGCCUUGGAGCUGUGAAUUUGGCCCUGGCCAUGGACGAGUUCCCACACAAGAUUUCAGUUGGUGUUUUCUUGACAGCUGUCAUGCCAGAUACCACGCACCAGCCUUCAUAUGUUAUAGACAAGUCUUUAGCAGAAUUCCCACAAGACAUGCUGCUGGACAAUCAGUUUGCAACCAUUGACAGCCCUGAAAAUCCUUUCACGAUUACACUUUGGGCCUGGGGCCCUAAGUUCUUGGCAUCUAAUCUCCAUCAGCUAUCCCCUGUCGAGGACCUGGUAUUAGCCAAGGCUCUGGUCAGACCAGGAUCAUUGUUUGUAAGCGAUUUGUCAAAGGCAGACAAGUUCUCUGACGAGGGGUACGGAUGUGUUCCCCGAGUCUAUGUUGUUUGCAACGAAGACAAAGUGAUAAAAGAGAAAACCCAACGCUGGAUGAUUGAAAACUUUGAGAUUAACGAUGUGAUUGAGAUUAAGGAUGCAGAUCAUAUUGGCAAUGUUCUCAAAGCCACAGGAAUUUUGUGACUGUUUGUCAGAUAAUAGCACAAACAUAGGAGUGAUGUGUAUUUUUUGAAGGGGGUCCUGAAGUAGGAUUUAUUAAUGAAUAUCACUGCUGUCAUGGAGCUGUGAUGGGGUUAUUUUUUAUGUGGAGUGAAUGUUGUUUUCUGUAGUCACUUGGGGUUGGAGUAUUAUUUUUAAAUAAUAUGAAAUAAUAAUCAAUUAAGUAUACUAUUUUUAUGUUA